AUACACACAGUUUCUUGAAUAUUUCUUGGAGUCUGCAGAGCAAAAUUACUUUGUUGGAUUUCGUGUGCAUUAUUAUCUGUUCACUGAUCAACCAGAACAUGUUCCUGAAGUGAAACUGGGUAAAGACCAUCAGCUGACGGUGAUGGAAGUGCCUAGUUCUAACAGAUGGCAGGAGAUCAGUUUGCGCAGGAUGGAAAGGCUGGAGAAACUGAUUGAGAGUCGAUUGAUCAAUGAAGCCGACUAUGUUUUCAGCCUUGAUGUGGAUUCAAAGUUUUACGGGCGAUGGGGUGCAGAGUCUUUGGGCCGUCAUGGUGCCAUACAUCCAUGGUAUUAUAACACCUUUCGUGAAAGGUUCCCAUAUGAGCGUAGGCCAGAGUCUCAAGCUUUUAUUCCUUAUGCUGAGGGUGAUUUUUAUUAUGGAGGAGCUGUGAUCGGUGGCUUAGUGAAAGAUGUGUAUCAGCUUGCUAAAACAUGCCGGGAGCAGAUGGACAUUGAUGCAGCUAAAUCCAUUGAGGCAGCAUGGCAGGAGGAGUCCCAUUUGAACAAAUACUUCCUGUAUAACAAACCCAGUAAACUGCUUUCAGCUGAGUAUUUGUGGGAUAACCAGAAGUCUAAACCAUGGGAGAUAAAAAUCAUCCGCUUCUCUCAAGUUCAUAAAAACUACCAUGAAGUUUGUCCAAACCCAUAG